CAGGUUAGACGCGCUGUCGAGAUCGCUGGUCUCAUCUCAUCUGAGGAGGAGCAAUCUCACGUGCGCCUCUUGACUGAUGGCGAAGUAAGUCUUCAUUUCUGUUUUAGCAGCAUGAUUGCGUCGGAUAUAUUCUCUAAAAACCUUAUAGAUGUAGUCAUUGUUGUUGAUGCCGGAGGCGGAACUAUCGAUCUCAGUACCUACUCGAUGAAGUUAUCUCCGACUUCGUUCGAGGAGAUUGCCCCAGCUGAAUGCGAAUCCCGCUUUUUUGCGUUAUCAACGGCAUAUAGCUUGUUCAAAUACUAUGCUGUAUCCCUCGAAACGUAUUCUAAACACUCCAAAUAG